AGCAGGGGUCCAGGGGUCAGCGCUGGAGCGGAGGGGCUGUGGGGGCCCUCUUCCCCCCGUGCCCUCUCCGUGCAGGGAUCUCGGCAGGGUGCGUGGGCUCGUGCCCUGGGACACAGGCCUGGAGGCCCCGGCCCUGGGAGAGGCCGGGAGGCAGCGCCGUUCCCUGGUGCGAGCUCCUCUGCCGGAGCCUCCGCCUGCGUGUCCUGCACAGCCCAGGCGGCAGAGACUCCUGCAACAUUAUGUCAGGAGACAGUGACUGCACCAGGACAAGUCCAUCAGCAGGGUCUCCAUCAGACAAUGAGUUCUUGCCAGAUCGGCCAAAGUACGUGUGCUCGCUGUCUCCUGAUCUCAUUACCAAAGCCCGGGAAGAGCUCCAAGAGAAACCUGAAUGGAGGCUCCGCGAUGUGCAGGCGCUCCGAGAUAUGGUGUGCAAAGACUAUCCCUCCCUGGGGACCUGCCUGGACGAUGCUUUUUUGCUAAGAUUCCUCAGAGCUAGAAAAUUCGAUUACGACCGAGCGCUUCAGCUUCUGGUGAACUACCACACCUGCAGGAGGAGCUGGCCUGAGGUCUUCAAUAACUUGAAGCCGUCCGCAAUUAAACCUGUCCUCGAGUCAGGUUUUGUCACUGUGCUGCCUCACCUGGACCCAGAGGGGCGCCACAUCGUCUGCAUCCGUCCAGACAGAUGGACACCCAGUAAUUAUCCGAUUACUGAGAACAUUCGUGCCAUAUACUUAACGUUAGAAAAACUCAUUCAGUCCGAAGAGACCCAGGUGAAUGGAAUUGUAAUCCUGGCAGACUACAAAGGAGUCAGCUUAUCUAAGGCGUCUCAUUUUGGUCCUUUUGUAGCCAAAAAAGUGAUUGGAAUUCUUCAGGAUGGAUUCCCCAUUCGAAUAAAAGCUGUUAACAUAAUAAAUGAGCCUCGUAUAUUCAAAGGCAUUUUUGCAAUCAUCAAGCCUUUUCUGAAGGAAAAGAUAGCAAACCGGUUUUUUCUUCAUGGCUGUGAUCUGAAUUCCCUUCAUCAAAACAUUCCUCCAGUGAUCCUCCCUGAAGAGUAUGGUGGUACUUCAGGGAAGCUGGAUAUCUCAGCAUGGAAUGAGCUGCUGCUCGCCUCUGAAGAGGACUUUCUGCAUGAUUUCUCACAGCUGAUUCUCCCAUGUGAUGGCUCUCCCCAUGACAUGCUAGUGAGUGGGGAUGCCGAUGAAAAGCAAUGUGAUGAUUCCCUGCGAGGCAUGAAACCUCAGCUCUAUUACUGCUACUAAUAAGCCAGUAAAGGGAAGUUUGCCAGCACAGUUAAGAUCUGAUAGGUGAUGUUGUGAACUCUGCCUUACUCCUAGACCUGCAGUUCAGGAACAGACUGCUGAGGCACUUUACACUGUAGAACCAAAGGAAGCUGAAGAGGGCACAGUGGGGGCAGGGCAGAGUUCAGGGAUAAAGGCAAAGAGCACAAGUUAUGCAGAAUACUUGAGGCUUAUCAGCCUGUGUGAAUGAUGUGAACUGGCCUAUUCUUUCUACUGAUAAAGGGGGAAAAAUAUAUUGCAAGAUGGGAGGCUUGAUAGUUUCUUAACCCCACCCCACCCAGGUGAAAAGUGACAACAAUGAUUUACUGGCUUCAUGACUAUCCAUUCCUUUCCCCUCUGAAAACACCAGUAAUCCAAGACAAGAAAAUUGCUUUUGAACUCUGCAACGUGUAGUUAUGUUAGUGAUUGCUUAAAAACAUGUAAGUCUAAUUUGGCAGUUGGUUCAGGUUGUGAGUUGGCAUUUCUGAGAUAUCUCAAUGAAUAUUUGCCUCAAAUUAAUAUAGAGCAAAACUUUCUUAUCCAUGAAUACCAGUAUGGAGAUCAUCUCUGAAGCUUCCUCACAGUAGGAAGUACUGGUGGAUUAACUCUACAUCAUCUGUGCCAAUGCUUACUAUAAACAGAUGCAAUCUUCAUUUGCAGAAAAGAGCAAGUUUUUCAGAUCAAGUACUAAAGCUUUUGAUUAGGCAACAGCUUCAAGUAAUGAGGUUCAGUACCAAAUAAGAAAAAACUAUGUCAGCCACCUUCCCAUAUUGUCAGUUGUUCUUUUUUUCAGCUGGUUGUGAUGAGGAGUUGGGUAACUCACUCAUGCAUAGAAUUUGUAAGGAGGCUUUGUAGCAGUUGGGAUAUGACCUAUAGAAGGCAGUGCUUGAUGUUGGACUGCAAGGUGCUCCUUUAGCUUGUUACUUUGGGCAGAAUUUGAGUUGAAGUGUGAAACCAAAUGCAGACAGGCUAUUUGAAAGCACAUUCUUAAUUUUCCUGCUAUUGUAGAAUUUUGUUGUCUGUGCUUGUCAGAUCUUUUGUGAAAUGUUACAAUUUUGGUUUUGACUUUGUUGACCUCUUUCGCCUUUGGUUAUCAUGUUCCUGCAUGAAGUUAGACUCAAUUCAUCUCUGUAAUAUUUAAUAACUUGUAUGCCUGUGCUUCUAGGUCUUUGUCUAGAGACAGAACUAAGACUCCGAUGUCAAGUCAGGGUAAGAUAACCUGAGUAUUAAUAAGCUGUUCCCACUCCCCAGGUUCAAGCUAUUUUAGUGGUCUUGAAUUAGAACUUAACUCUCAUAAAGCUCUUUGCACAUUUUUCUGUACUGUAAUGCUGUAGAGAUGGAAAACUUCACUAGGACCAGGAAAGCACAUCCAAUUAUUUCAAGCUGAAAAGUUUCACUCUCUGGUGAAGAACAUCCCUUCUAAAUGGAGACUCAUCUCUAGAGCACUGUCUCUGGGUGAAAUCUUUAUUUAGUGCCAAGCUACCAGUUAUGCUUCUGUAAACAGAAAACUAAAGCGUCUUGACUAUUUCAGACAUUCAAAGUGCCAAACUGUUUUGAAUGUCUGUUUUCCUCUCAGUCCCCCUGCAGCACGAUUGCACUGCCAAAAGAGAGAGCACUGCACUCUUCCACUGCAGUGACUUACUGAUCUGGCAGCAGACCUGUCUCUCCCUGGAGCUCAGGGGGUAGCCAGUAUUGUACCUGUCAGCCAAGCACUGCAAAUGGAGACUGGGUUUUGAAAAGGAUAAACCAUAAAGCUUUUUUCUGGGUGGCAGUUCAGACUUUGUGGGAGCAGGGAACUCAUCACUUGAACUGUCUUAGAUUAAAGAUGGGAAGAGAUUAAUUUUCCUCAUAGAAAGCAUCUGAUUUUUUCUACCAUUAAGUCAGUUCUUACUUCUCUGACAGCUGUUACCUUUCGGGCAGGGGAAAAAAAAAACCCUUCAACUACCUAAGAUAAGGUAAAAGAGUACUGCUACCACCACAUUUCUGACCAGAAUGUGCUGCGUGUUUUGCAAAGAUCAAUUCAGUUCUUUGUGCCACCCAGCAAGAUGGUAGCACACACCACCAGGACUUAGAAAGGUCAGUGGCUGCCCACACUGUUUAACUGUGGAAAUGUAACAAGUGGCAUUUAUGUUGUUUUAGUGCCUCUUAAUUCCACCCGCAAUGUACAACUGUACAAAUGUACAAUAACAGUAGGAUGGACCAUUUUUCUUAGAGGUGAAGACAUGACUGAUACUUGACACUCUUCCCUGCAUUUUGCAGCAGCGUUUGAAGUGGUAGGAUUUUGGCUUUGUAUAAGAACAGCAACUUUGAUCCUCUCCUGUAACUGCUAGAGAGGGAGGCUGAAUAUUCAAACUCCAACUUAGUGUCCUUCAAAAAAAAAAAAAAACUAGUAGUGUUCAGCAGAAGGUUGAGAAACUACUACAGAAACCAACCUCUUCAAGCUUCUAAAUUCUCUUUCAUGCCUUCAACAGGCAAACUAGAUCCAUCUCUCCCUAACCUCUUCUCUUCUGCUCACAGAGAAACUAUGCGAAAAGCACAUGAUUUAAACAUAAUAGAUAAGGCUACAUUAUCAAUGCUGAAAAUAGCUGGAUUUAUGUCUCUAAAACUUUAAAGCUGGCUGACGGACAGUUGAUGUCAGAAUACUUGAACCAAGCUAAGCUUACUUUUGUUAAGCAUCUAUUACUUCUAAUUUGCUCUUUUCUGGCUUUAGAACUCAGAAAGACAGUUGCAACUUUAUUGAGCUGUAUCUAUAACCUGGUUUAGGUUCAUAACCAGUGUUUGGUGUGUCUUGUGGAAAGCACAGCUCUGUCUUCUACGUGCCUGACUAUUGAGCUGAGAAUGCUGUUUUAGCUUUAACACUUGGCAAAGAAAUCAGUUUGUUCCCAAAAUUUCUCAUGUCAGCGCUUGGAAAAUAAGCACUUGUUUUAAGCAUAGUCUCUCUUUAUCUGCAAGUUAAUAGGAUAGGAAAAGCUUAGAGGUUUGUUUUGUUUCACAGCACUAAAACUGAUCUGUCCUUUUUCUCUACAUGAAAUAACCCUGUUUCCAGGGGUUAUAUGCCUUGCCCAGUACAUAACCAUCCCUGCCAAAUCCAACACGUAGCGAGGAGAGAUAUUUGAACUGCACUGGGCAGCCAAGGCUUUUGGCAUCAAGUGGGACAAAAGGUAGCUGCAUAUUGUACAUAGUACUUGAAUUUAUACUUUUGCAAAUGGGCAUUACAAACCCUGAGGUAUUUUCAGGAACUGGGUGAAGGGUUUUUUUUCUGUUAAAUCUCAUUUUGGCAUGAGUUAAUCAGUGUUAUUCAAACUAAUAAUUUUGCCUUCUGUUGUAUGUGGGUGUAGAGGUGUUGGGUGAUUAAAUGUACAUCUUAUUUUGACAAAAUUUAUUUUUAUAUUGCAUUUUAUAAACUGGAGUUGUCAAAAUGUGUAAUUUUAUGAUGCAUGAUGGAGUUAUUAAACAGUGUAACAGUUGCUAAUUUGACAUUUUAAAAACCUUUGCCAUGUGUCCUCUUGGGGUGGUUGCAAUGAAGGAUAAUAGCUGCAGUGUUACAGGAGAAAAGGUGUUUGCUUUCUACUGCAGAAUUAAGUUUUACUUGAACAACUCUAUGUAAGCAACUUCAAGGAAUAGGAUUUGACAUUCACUGAAUGAGAUGGAAGAUGCUGUUUGUUUCAAGAGAAACAGUUUGACUUACUGUUUGUUGCAGGGAGAAAACAUCCAAAUGGACACUGCAGCAGCCAAUUAACAUUUUAAUAACUGUAUGUAGUAUUUUGCAUUGGAGAAUAACUGCUGCUGCUUAACACUUCAACAGAGCUGGGACAGUUUCAGUAGUUAGUCCACUUUACUCAAACAAGUUUACAGUGCAAAUGCCCUCGUGCCAAUAGUAGUUUCACGUACAUUACUUUUGUAAGCAUAUUAGACAAGUGAAAUCAAUUAGAAGCUCUAUUUUUCCACCAUAAUCAUAAAGUUGUUUAAACAAGUCAUACACUUGCCACAUAUUAGCAUACUGAAAAAGUUACCAUAGAAGUUGCCUCUUAGAAAGAGCAAGUUUGUUCUUUAAAGGAAUUAGAGUUAACCUGUUUUUCAACCUCAAAGUUCUGUUCUUUUGGUGAGGAAUAAGGAGGAGUUGCCACAACAUAGGAAGGUAAGUAUACUUCAAAUAUGUGUGCAGUGGAAUGUAGAAAUCAAGCAGUAUGGCUUACACUUCCAGGAACAGUAGUGCAUUAUGUAGAAUAUAAUUGUUCUUUCAAAUAUUACUUCAUAUUUAGCUAAAUGUUACUUCUGUUCAGAGGGAAGGUUGUGG